AUGCAGAUCGUCUUCUUCGAGGAGAGGAACUUCCAGGGCCGCUCGUAUGAGUGCAUCAGCGACUGCUCCGAGAUCGCCUCCCACCUGAGCCGGUGCAGCUCCUGCAGGGUGGAGAGCGGCACGUUCAUGGUCUACGAGCAGCCCAACUUCACAGGGCAGCAGCACCUCCUGACCAAGGGAGAGUAUCCCGAGUAUCAGAACACCAUCGGCUUCAAUGACUGCAUUCAGUCCUGCCGCAUUAUCCCUGUGCACAAGGGACCCUUCAAGAUGAGGAUCUACGAGAGACCAAACUUCGAGGGCCUGACACACGAACUGACCAGCGACUGUGACUCCAUCCAAGAUCACUAUCACAUGCCGGACACGCAGUCGUGCAACGUGAUGGACGGCUACUGGCUGAUGUUCGAGCAGCCGAACUACGAGGGCAGGAUGUUGUACCUGAGGCCAGGAGAGUACCGGAACCUCAGGGAGAUGAGCAGCGACGACAUGAGGUUCAACUCACUCAGACGCAUCACCGAAUCUGCCGUCUAAUGACUUAUACUCCACUGAGAAAUUUUGCAGAUGAUUUGUUUUAUUAAUAUUAAAAAAAAGUUGUCAAAGUGAGAGGCAAAAAGAGAAAAAAAGCCUCGUUUUUAUCCAGAAACUGUGAUUUUUGUGCAUUGUUUGCAUGUAGUUCCAGUUGCACUGUGCAAUCCAGCCACAAUGAAUUUACCUCUUUUACUGUGUGACAAUAAAAUUAUUUGCAGCCUA